AUGGCUCGCAGGCACCUUUUCGCUGGCAGGUUUGCGGGAUUCGCACCCGUCACUGGUGCGCUCUGGUUACGUCCAGGGCAGCGGGCGAGCUCACCGGUGACAGGCGCCUCGGACUCAGUAUCGCGCCUUGGACAACGGCAUCCGGUUUCUAGGCGUUGGCGGCAACAGCGAACCGGGCUGUUCAACGUGCGACUGUCCACGCGUCGGCUCCGGGUCUUUAUCUCCACGGGGGAGGUCUCUGGUGAUAUGCACGGUGCUGCGCUAGCCCGGAGCCUCAAGCAGCAAGCGAUGCAUCGAGGUGGCUCGAGACAGCAGCAGCAGCUGCUGCUGCUGCGCGGAGUAGGCGGCCCAGCGAUGCGACAAGAAGGUGUCGAGCUCUACGCCGACACGCUUCGCAUCUCCUCCAUUGGCCUCUAUGAGGCACUGCGCUUUGUGGUGCCUGCUUAUCUCGCAUACGAAAAAGCAAAAAAGGAGCUGCUCGAGGAUCCUCCGGAUGUCGCCGUUCUGAUCGAUUACACUGGACCGAAUAUGGCGCUGGCCACCUGGUUUCGCCAAAACCUGCCUGGUGUGCCGGUAAUCUCGUACAUCGGACCUCAGCAGUGGAUCUGGGAAGCGAAUGGGAAGCCAGCGCACCGUCUAUUGGAUUAUUUUCCGAUUCUGGCGACAUGCUGCCGUUGUCUGGUUGCGAUUUUCCCGCUAGAGGCAGCGUUCUACUGCCGAAAGCUCGAGGAGCUCGGGGCGCUUCCAAAUCCACCGCCGCAAAUUGUCUACGUAGGACAUCCGAUUCUGGAUCUGGUUGAGCCCGUGACGCGAGACGCCGCUCGGGCAAUGCUUCCAUGGACAAGCUCGGAGCACGUGUGUGUGGCGUUGAUGGUCGCCUCACGCCUACAGGAAAUCGGUGCUUUGCUUCCGGCGACAACGCGCGCAGCCCUGGCUAUGGAAAAGUCGCUAGAGGCGAAGGACCCCCCGAAGCGCAUUCGGUUUAUCAUUCCAACGGCUAGACCUGAGUUUUCGGAUCAAAUUCGUCGUGUCUUGUUGGAUCAGGGCGUGCCGUCGUCACGUAUUGCGUCAUGGGAUCCGAACCUGCGCGAGAUGCAUCCCGAGACGCUCUUUUUCCUGGUACCACGAGAUUAUGCUCGCCUGGUGCUUGCAGCAGCCGAUCUUGCAAUCUGCAAGUCGGGCACGGUAAAUUUGGAGGCGGCGGUGCUCGGUGUACCUCAAAUCGUGCUGUAUCGUUUAUCGUGGACCUCGGCCUUUGUCAUCCGUCACCUAUUCCAGAUGCAACUACCGUACGUGUCAGCAGUGAAUGUAGUCUGUCUGGAUCAGGCGAUUGUGCCGGAGCUGCUGCAGGAGCACGUCACACCGGAGCGAAUCCACGAAGAGGCCAUGGCGUUGCUAGAGAAUCGCAACGGCUGUGCUGACCGGAUGCGUCACUCGUACCAGAGCCAGGUGCUGCCGCGCCUGCGUCUAGCCGAGGACUGCCCUGAGCCGGUCGUCGAGCGAACUGCGGCCGGCAGAGCUGCCGCCGUUGUUUGGCGCUACCUAGACCAGGCGCAAGAAAGCCGCACACUGGUCACCUGA